AUGCAAACAACAAAAAAAGACAUAUUAAUUCCUUUAGAAGAAAUUCAAGUACCAACAAGAAACAUUCAAGGAUUAAAAGUUGGAUUUCUUAAGAGUCCAGAAGGAUGGUGUUCUUGUAUACCACAAACUAUUUUAUUAUUACAAAGAUAUGGAUAUGAUAUUUAUAUUGAAAACAACAUCAGUGAAAAUUGGAAAAACGAAGAUUAUGAAAAAUAUUUGUGUAACAUACAAGAACGAAAAACUGUGAUUUCAAUUUGUGAUGUGAUUAUAUCCUUUUAUUUUGAUGGACAAGACAUAAGUUCUUUUCACCAUGAUCAAAUAAUUAUCACUGAACGACAAAUAAUAACUGAGAAUUUUCAACAACAAUUACUUGACUCUGGAGUUGAAGUGAUCACUUUAGACACUAUUCCUUUUCAAAAAGAAUAUUUGUCAUAUUCUUCUACCUAUGCAAAAGAAUCUGGUAAAGGAAAAGGAAUAGGGUUAAUUUCAAUAGAUGAAUUAGGAAUUGUUUCUUCUAAUUAUAAAUAUCAAGCACUUAUUACUGAACCUAAAAAUGUUUCAUUAGUUAGUUGUGCAGAAAUACUUCACCGAUUUAAUAUAUCAUUAACAACAAUGAGUACUAAUCCUGAUAUUAUUAUAACUGAUAAACCAUUUUUAAAUUCUCAAUAUAAACGAGGGACAAUUAUUAUUCCAAUAACAAAUGAACAACUUCAAUUUGACCAAACAAAAUACACAAUAAUACAAAUCACUAAUAAUAAAAUAAUUAAUAAACAUAUCUCUUUGUCUUUAUCAUUUACAAUAAUGAAUUUCUUGAAAUAUUGUAGGUUUAAUGGUUUCUUCAACAAGGAAGAUAAAUUGUCCUCUUUUUACAGUCUUACUAACAACCAAGAAUUAUCUUAUACACAACAAACAGAACUUAUCAAAGAGUUACAACCACAAUUAAAAGAAGUAGAUAUUGAUGAAACAUCUCCUAAAGAAAAUGUAUUUCUUUCUUUCAUACGUCGUUAUUUUAAUAAAAGUUAUCUUGGAUUAAUAAUAGUCAUUACAUUUUUAAUUCUUAUAACGGUGUGGGGAUCUUUUCAAAAUUCAAUAGAAACUACAAUUAAAGAUCCUAUUCUUAUUUGUGUAUUAUCUUGUGUUGUUGGAGCAUUUAUGGCACGAAGAAUUUCCCCAUCAAUUCACAUUCCAACUGUUUUAUUACUUCUUUCUAUAUCUUGUUCUAUUGGAUAUACUUGUUUAGAUGUAAUGAAUAAUUUCAAGGAUGUAGUUGGGACUUCAUACCGCCAAUAUGGUCCAGUCAUUGUGGAUCUCUUUGGAUUAUUAUUAGUAUCAAUAAUUUUAACCAGUUCUAUUUUCCUUGUUAUUAAAACGAUGAAAUUUUAUUGA